GGAGGAGCCGGAGGAGGCCGGGAUGCCCGGGGUGGAGGUCGGGCCGGAGGUGCCGGAGGAGGCAGAGAUAGAGGAGGUGGAGGGAGGGACAGGGGUGGUCGAGGAGGUAGCGGAGGGGACAUCAGAGGUGGUAGUAGAGGGGGAUGAUCAGGUUGCGGAGGAUGAGAGGACGCCGAAAAUGACGGAUGACGAGGUAGUAUUCGUGUCCGAGGGGGCGACGGAGGUCCCGAAGGGUAAGAAGCGUGCUGCUGACGCGCCAGAGCUGAUGGUCGGUAAGAGAUCAAGAUUGCCGUCACAGUACGUCGUUUCUCCCUACACGGUCGAGGCGAAGAGAAGGGGAUUUGUGGAUGGGGCGUACCCCAAUCUUUUUCGCGACGUCGACCCAGUCAGACAGAAGGCGUUCGAUGAUUGGUUCAAAUCCCUUAAGUCCGAAGAUAGUUAUACCAUCGGCUGUAUGACCGUGCCCAAUGCUAAAAAGUGAUUUGAAGAUGUAUUGACGACCUCAGCUUGGCUCGCUGAUGAUCAUAUCGACUUGGCUAUGGAAUUGUUACGCGAUCGGGCGCAGAGAUACCCGAGAUCUUAUGACAGUCCUACUCGAGUUAUCUUGAGCGCUGAGUUCGCUCGUGUCGUAGAGAUUGAGCAUCAGGAGCUCCUAAGCAAGGGGAAUGAUUAUGUUCUGUUUGAGUACAUGCUGGAGUGGGUGAUUGGACUACAGUUGAGGUGCGGAAAG